AGCUUCAGCGGCCGCCUGUUCCGGGGCGGGGACCGUCAAUCUUUGACGUUUGUUGCCGCCAAAUUUAAGGAACCGAGAGGCGCGCGUUACCGUGAAGCAGCUGCACCAGUACUGGUCUGUUGAUUUAUUUAGCAAAAAUGUCUUACACUUCCAAGAGACCAUGUCCCGAUUCACUGGACUGUUCUAUGAACGACUCUGUAAGUGACUCACUGAACGACUCGAUGGAGAAAAGAAUAAAGCGGAUUUCAGUGGAGGGAAACAUUGCGGCGGGUAAAUCCACAUUUGUCCGCCUUUUGGAGCAGGAGAGCACAGACUGGGAAGUAGUACCAGAGCCCAUCGCCAGGUGGUGCAAUGUCCAAACAAACGGCAAUGACUUUGAGGAGCUGACCACAUCUCAGAAGAGCGGAGGGAACGUCCUGCAGAUGAUGUAUGAGAAACCUGAGAGGUGGGCCUUCACUUUCCAAAGCUACGCCUGCAUCAGCAGGGUGCGUGCCCAGAUCAAGUCGGCAAACGGGAAGCUGAGGGAGGCAGAGAAUCCUGUGCAGUUCUUCGAGCGAUCUAUUUACAGUGACAGGUAUAUCUUUGCAGCCAACCUGUAUGAGGCUGAGUGUCUGAAUGAAACUGAAUGGUCUGUGUACCAGGAUUGGCAUGGAUGGCUGCAUAGCCAGUUUGGCAAGCACAUCGAGCUGGACGGUAUCAUCUACCUCCGAGCUUCACCUAAGAAAUGUUUAGAGAGGCUGCACCUGCGAGGCAGAGCAGAAGAGCAGGACAUUCCUCUGGAGUAUCUGGAGAAGCUCCACUUUAAACAUGAGAGCUGGCUGCAGCACAAGACCAUGACAAUGGAGUACGACUACCUGAGUGAUGUGCCAGUUUUGACCUUAGAUGUGACUGAAGAAUUUAAGGCAGAUCCCACAAAGUGUGCUGAUAUGAUUGAAAAGGUGAAAGAGUUCCUCAGCACGCUAUAGAGCUAGGACCGCGCAGACUGUACGACAACGGCCCCUAAAUGCUGACGUGGCUAGAAUGGGAUUUUCAUUCUCAUUUUUUGUUUGUUUGUUUUUACUACAAACAACCUUGUUUAUAUUCAUUUUAAAGUUGUUUUUUUAAUAAUAUGUAUUUUUGUAUUAAUGCUAUUGUGUGCAAAUGACUAUUUAUGUACAUUAUCAAAACUCCUGAGAAUAAACUUGUUCUGGUUGACACUA